AUGUACCCGGUGGAAGUCGCUUAUACCACGGAGCUUGUGCGUGAUCUUGUCCAAGCAUGCAUAGAUGCCGUCUGGGCGUGGCAUACGCAUGAGCCACUAAGCGGCGACAUGCUCGUGUUUGUGCCUGGACGCGACGACAUCCAGCGCAUCCUUCAAGCACUCGCUGAUCGCAUGAUGGAGGCCGCGUCAACACAUCCAUCGAGUCACCGCCUGCAUUUGCUCCCACUGUAUGCAGAGCUGGAUGUGAACGCACAGCGCGCUGUCUUUCUUCCUCCGCCACGCGGUACGCGCAAAGUCAUUGUCGCGACGAACGUGGCCGAGACUAGUGUCACACUCGAUGGCGUCCGCUUCGUCGUAGAUUCCGGCUACACCAAAAUCCGGCUGCUUGACACAAGCACAGGUGUAGAUGUCCUAGCUGUUGUGCCGACGUCGCGUGCAUCUGCACAACAGCGAGCGGGGCGCGCUGGUCGCACGGCCCCCGGCAAAUGCUUGCGGCUCUAUCCUGAGUCAGAGCUUGCGCGCAUGCGCGCAUCAGAUGCGCCAGAGCUUGUCCGCUGCGACUUGUCCAUGUACCUGCUACAGCUCAAAGCACUAGGCAUCGAUAAUGUUGCACGCUUCGACUAUGUGCCACCGGCGCCACCAGCCGCCCAUGUGGCGCGUGCGUUAGCGUAUUUGGCAAGUCUGCAGGCACUGGAUGCACAGGGGCGCUUGUGCUCGCUGGGCGAGCAGCUCGCUGAAGCACCUCUUUCGCCCAUGAUGGCGCGGGCUGUCCUACAUGCAGCUCAGGAAGGAUGCGCCGACGAAAUGCUUACGAUCGCGGCGAUGACGUCAGUUGGCACGCCUUUCCUAAAGAUCGAAUAUGGCGCAGCGAUGGACGUGCAUGCGGAACUUGCGCGCCGCAAGUUCGUCGCUGAAGAAGGCGACCAACUUACACUUUUGAAUGUGUACGAAGCGUUUAUCGACCCGCGCAUCGGUCGUGCAUCGGCAGCAUGGGCAGCUAAGCAUGCGCUGCACUAUGCGACGCUCAAACGUGCGCAAGCUAUCCGGGCGCACCUGGUCAAGUAUGCAACGUUACACUGGUCACUGCCAUUACAUCGCGCGUACGAUGCCACACGCCUGCGGCGGUGCUUGGCCGCAGGCUUUUUUAAGAAUGCCGCACGUUACAUGCCUGACGGCACCUAUCGCAGCGUGCAAGGCGCCACGUUACACGUACAUCCGGCAUCCGUGCUAUUUUCUCGCACUCCCACAAGCACUUGGGUCGUGUUUGGUGACGUGGUUUGGACAACCCAGGCUCAAAUGCGCGACAUUGCGACAGUGGAGGAAGAUUGGCUUCUGUCACUUGCGUACGUAUCCAUGCAUCAUGAUGCGUGUGCCUCGCUUCUGACACACAGGAAAGACCCCAUUUUUACACGCAUGGCCCCCAAGGCCAGGACCCCAGUCGUGGCCCUGGCCAUGGUUAUGGCUAUAGCCCUUCUAGCAUCACGAUGGAUCGCGCGAACCUUCUGCCACUUCGUUGAUGCGUGCACGGACAUGUGCUGUGCCACUGAGGCCUUGUGCAAGAAACUGGCGCAAUACACGGAACCGUUUCGUGCGUGUGGUGUACUGCCCGGCAAGACUGCGAGUGGCCAUCGGCAGAAUGUUGGUGCGUUCGCGUGCAGCAACAGAGUGGAUCGAGUGGAGCGUGCUGAAUAG